AUGAACCGGACUAAAAAUUAUUGUGUUAGCAUAGAUAAAUUAAAUUCUGAUCUCGUUCACCAGAUUGCUGAACUUAGAAAGAAGUUUGUUGAGGUCGAGGCUGAGAAUAUCGAGGUUAAAGCUGAGAAUGCAAAGUUAAGACAGGAUAUGGAAGA